AUGAAUACCGACACAUGUUCUUCGAUUGUUCGACUCAAUAUAGGUGGAAGCAUAUUUUGCACAACUGUUGAUACGCUAACUCAUAGGGAGCCUCAUUCGAUGCUUGCUGCCAUGUUCAGUGGUCGCCACACUGUUCACAAGGACUCUGAUACGGGGUAUGUGUUUGUUGAUAGGGAUGGGACACACUUUCGACAUAUCUUAAAUUGGUUGAGGGACGGUGUGGCUCCCAACUUGUUUGAUUUGGAGCGUUUAGAGCUUUUGCGGGAAGCAGAAUACUAUCAGCUUCUUGGACUUGUGGAAAUGAUAAAUAUGGUAUUGAAUAAGAAGAAGGUGGAUGAAAAAAUGGAUGCUGACUUAACACGCACUGAUAUUAUCAAAUGUCUGCAAUCUAAGACAAAAUAUUGUCUCAAAUUAAGAGGAGUAAAUCUCUCUGGGCUUGAUCUUUCAAACCUGGACUUGUCGAAUGUUGACUUCAGCCGUGCGUGCCUCAAAAAUAUUAAUUUUUCAGGUGCUAUUCUCACAAAUGCGAUUUUCAGAGAAGCCAAUUUGGAAGGAGCCAAUUUGGAAGGAGCCAAUUUAAAGGGUGACUUGUCGAAUGUUGACUUGAGCUGUGCGUGCCUCAAAAAUACUAAUUUUUCAGGUGCUAUUCUCAGAAAUGCGAAUUUCAGAGAAGCCAAUUUGGAAGGAGCCAAUCUAAAGGGUGCCGAUUUGAGUCUUGCCUAUUUUACGGGUGCAAAUCUUCAACAUGCUGAUCUUCGUCAUUUGACGGAUGCAGUGGAGAGUGUGCAAGAGAAGAUGGAGACCAGUGACAAGGAGCUUGGGAAGAUAUUCACAUCGAAAUGUGAACAUGGGUUAAUACAGGUUAUACAAAAUGUUAAAGAGGGGUUAAAUGGUCAUUUGAGUUAG